AUGAUGUGUGAUCCUGUAAAUCCAUUCGGCCACCUGGCAGAGAAAUAUGGAGAUAUAUACAGUCUAUCGCUUCCCAUGGGAAAUGUUGUUGUUGUCAGUACCUCUUCCCUCAUAAGAGAUGCAAGGCUCGGGAGAAACGAUGAUCUAUCCGGAAAAUCAGCGAAAAGUAUGUUUCCAUUCCCUGACAUUUUGGGAAACGAUUUAGCAGUAGCAGAUUUUUCUACGGCAUAUUUAUUUCGCAAAAGAGUAUUUAAAUCAGCAAUACAUAUUUUUGGAAGUGGUAUCGCCCAAGCGGAAGAUCGAGCUAGGCAUGCAGUUGACCUAGCGAUUGCAGAAAUCGAGACACAAAGGCCAGAGCCUUUUUCCCCUAAGAAGGUAUUUGAGUCUGCUAUAUAUGCGCAGAUAUGGGAAUGGCUCACUUCAAGAAGGGUACCAUUGAAUGAUCCCACAAUAAAAUCAUUAAUCAACUUUGGGGAUACUCUUGUUGGAUUGCCCGCUAUAAGCGUAUUAUAUCAAGCGAUACCGUUUCUAUCGUAUUUGCCAUCGAAAUUUCAACGGGAAAUAAAACGAGCACAAAAAAUAAGGGAUGAUUUACUUACCGCGGAGUUCAGAUACCAUCAGCAAACAUACACUCCUGGUGUCAUUCGCGACCUCACUGACAGUUUUAUAUGUGCCUAUGAAAAGGAAAACGCGAAAGAGUCACGCAAAGAUAUUGGGUCAGUAGAAGACAUCCCUUAUUUAAUGCUUGAUGUCGCUUUUGCAGGUGCAGAUACAACUUCUGCUUCACUUGCCUGGUUUUUCCUGUUCAUGGUGCGUCAUCAGGAUAUUCAAAAGAAACUUCAUGAAGAACUGGACAGAGCGGUAAUGGAAAAUGGCUGCUUGCCAUCUUCGGCUGAUGCUGAUAAAAUGCCAUAUAUGCAGGCGACUAUAUGUGAAAUUGAAAGGGUGUCGGGUUUAGUUAUAACGACAGCGACAAAUGCUAUUCGGGACAUCACUCUUGGCGGUUAUCAUAUUCCAAAAGGUUGUUUAGUUGUGCUCAAUAUUAGAAAGGUACACCUUGAUGAAAGAGAAUGGCCUGAGCAUGAUAAAUUUAAACCGGAACGAUUUCUCGAUUCUGCUGGAAAGUUUAUUGGUUGGUCAAAGCUUCCAGGUUUUACACCGUUUGGUUUGGGUCGUAGAGAAUGCCCAGGGCAAUCGUUGGCAAAGAUCAUGAUGUUUACAUUUGCUUCAACAUUAUUACAUCGUUACAAGAUUGAAUUGCCAGAUGGAGGAGAUCUUCCAACUACAGAACCUUCAGAAUCUGAUGCAACUGUAGCCACUGUUCGCCCCAAAAAUUUUCAGGUCGUUGCGAAGAAACGAUUUUAA